UCGUUAUCUUUUCACUUUAUACUUUGAUUUUUUUUUUUUGCAGCUUUUAUACAUCGCGCAUGUUUGUCAGGUUUUAUCGCUUUUAAAAGAUCAACGUUUUCGGCCUCUGUCGCUUGAUAUAAACAUACGAUGUUUUGGCAAGAAAAAGUGUUUUGUCAAGCAUAUAAAUAUCAGUACGAGAUCUGCUUUAGCGCUUUUAGUACAUAACCGUCGCGGGCAGUCAGACUGCGCGUACCUACCAAGGUCCUUAAUUUGUCACGCGUGUUCCUGCGAGACGGUCGAUAAACAGCGAAACUCAGAUAACGUAAAGCGUCAACUGACUACGACUGCAAAUCAAGCAAGCAGGGAAUACAACGCGACAGAAUGAACGAAGUAACAUUGCCUCCCUCGCCGAACUGGUAUUUGAGCAAUGUCCUCGCCUGCUCGAGUCGUGGAACUGUGGCGUGGGGCGCGAGGAACUUUAUCGUCAUCGCCAAGCCGAAAGAGGAUAAUGUCAUGCAGUAUUCUAUAAUCAAGGACUACUUUAAAGACAAAGUAACCGCGUUGGCGUUUUGUCCUAAGCUCGAGAACUCGGAUAGUCCCGAGUUAUUAAUCUGUGGCGGUGACGAUAAUAAAGCCAGGGUUUGGAAUGUGGAUACCUUAGAGUUAUUAGUGGAAUUUCCUUUCGCUGAAGGAAGUAAACUGAUUGUAGGGGUUGACUGGUCAGCCAAAGAUAGUAAUCUUGCAUGCGCAGUGAAUUCGGAUGGUUUGCUAAUGUACUGUAAUAUACAGUAUCAGACUUGUAAAAUAGUACCUCUGGGCAAGCUAACUGCUACAUGUUUAGCUUGCUGUCCUCAUGAUUCUGGUCUUGUAGCGAUAGGUACUAAAAGCGGACUAGUUUAUAUUGUUCAGAAAGAAACGAUAUUAUAUAAAAUGAGGGGACACAACGAGGACAUAGUUAGCUUAUCUUGGUGCCCUUCAGACAUGAAUGUGUUAAAUGGAGGAAAUAAGAGAGAUUUACUUUUAGCUUCUGGCGCAAAAGAUAGAUCUGUAUUCAUUUGGAGAGCUGGUAGAGAUGGUAGAUAUGAAACUGUAAUACACCUACCAAGUACACCAAUCAUGGCUAUAUCACAUAAAAGCAAGCUCAGUGGUACGAAUGGAACUUGGAUUGCAGUGUGUUGGGCAAAGCCUAAUAUGCUUCUGACUAGCUCUCUUUGGGGCGAACUUCUUUCUUGGGAUCUUUCGUCAAACAAAGACAAGCCUGAGUACAAAUUGUUCCAUACGUUUCAUAAUAGGGGAUUAUUUUCCAUAGCUACCGUACCCAAAUACGACGCAAUAUCUGACGAUUUGAAGACAGAUUCUGAACUCAGAGUUUGGUCUUUGGCACAAGAUCGCUGGGUUAUAUGUUGCAAACGUGACAGCGAUCCUACGAAAUCGGCGAUUCUGGAACAUAAGAUUCCUACGCAAGGAGGAUUUGUCUACUGCAUGAGCGCUUGUCCUAUUGAUACCUCGCGUAUUGCAUUCGGCGCAGGAGACAUGAUGUUGCGUCUGUGGAACUUGUCUGAACCUCAUGCAACCACUUUUGACGUUGUUAUGCAUUGGCAGAAGAUAAAAGGAAAAAUAAGAGCGGUAUCAUGGUCCCCGGAGGAUGAAUCCACUAUUGCUUUUGGUACUGGAGAGGGUCGCGUUGGUGUAUUUGAUGCAAUUGGAACUAACAAACCACCUAUAUUGUACAGACAAUAUCACAGAAAUACCAUUUACAAGCUUGAAUGGGCUAAACUUAAAUCAGAAUCCUUCUUGUUCUCCUGUGCAGAAGGAGAAUUAGUAGCGUACAAAAAAUCCGCGCCGAGUGAUGAACCUAUGUCUGUAAUAAAGGAAGGAUGUUUGGAAUUUUCUUGGAAAUCCGACUUGUGCUUAGCAACCGCAUUAGAAAAUGGGUCAAUUAUAUUCUACGAUCAGAAGCUGAGGAAACGCGGAAACUCGAUACACAUUUUAAGGGCCAUGGUGAAUUGCUUGGCGUGGCAUCCCGAAAGCACAAUGGCAGAUAAAUGCAUGUCGCCAAUUGCCAACUACUUAGCUGUUGCCUCUGAUUCGUGUAGCAUAAUGGUUUUUGAUAUGUCAAAGCUGAUAAAGGAAUUAGAAGCGACAGGUGCCGAGGACGUUAUAGACAACGAUGAUGAUUCUCAACAACGCACGAUGCACAGGAUAGUAGCAACGUUGAAUGGACACUCUGAAAAAGUGGUGUGCUUAGCUUGGAGUCCGCAUUUCAGUGGGCACUUAGUGUCUGGUAGCUACGACAAUACCGCACAGGUAUGGAACGUUGAAAAACAGGAACUGAUGGGCACAUACGUGGGUCACGAUGGACCUGUACUAUGCUGUAUGUGGAGUCCUCUCAAACCACAAUUGAUAAUGACCGGUUCGUCAGACUUCACGCUACACAUAUGGAAUUAUACUUUACCGGCGCAAUCGCCGAAGCAACUUUCUGACAUUAAGGCCAUAAAGAGAAAACAUAAACAGCAGAAAAAGUUGACAAAAAAUAAAACGGAUGAUCUCGAGAGUAAUUCGACCAUACCAGCGAAUCAACCUGCCGAAGUAGCUUCCACAAAACUUCAAGUGCCGCCACCAAAGAAGAAAGAGAGAAAAUCGUACUUCAGUACAUAUAACAAAGUAAUAAGCGAUAAAUCUCAAAUCCUGAAUUUUAUCAAGUAUGAUAUAAGAAGUAACCAUAUCGAAGAAGAUGAUGCUAUCACGAAGUCGUCAUUAUUUUGCGAAAAGAAAGAAGAUCUUUUAACACUCAUUUCCAAUGAAAAGUUAACACAGGAUAAUUCAGAUGUCGUUACUGAGAUGGAUAUGUGGUGUGAUGAUCUGAAAAACAAUCUAAUUAGUGCAGCCAAAGAUCAUCAAUUGAAUGACUUUUUAGUAUCGCUUGCACCUAAUGUUUCCGCGAAAGUGUGGAAAGAAAUGUGCGAGGCGUAUGCGCAUCAAUUGGUAAUUCAAAACAAUCCGGAAAAAGCAGUAUCAUAUUUACUAGCUGUACACAAAAUUUACGAAGCCAUAGAAGUAUUUAUAAAUGCUAAGAUGUUUAAAGAGGCUUAUGCACUCGCGCGAUGUAAAUUGGAUGCUGCUGAUACGUUUAUAAAUAAAAUAUUAGAAUCUUGGGCGGAAUGGGCCACUUAUAAAGGUCAACUGGAACAGGCAGCUCAAUGUCACGUAAAAUUAGGAUACUUUGACAAGGCAGCAAAGGUUCUUUCUCGACGAAAAGACAUACAUUGUUUGGAGGUAGCGUCAGAAUUAGCAUUUUUAAGCGGUGACGAAGGAUAUGGUACGUCCUUAGCUGUGGAUGCGAUGACGCGUGCUCUCAUGAAGUCAGACUGGUCGAAAGCGCAUUCCCUUAUCGCAGACAUGCGACAAGUUCAGUAUCUGAACGUACAUAUAAACGCCCACGAGAUGAUCAUGAGCACAUUCUCAAACCAGACCGAGCUUGGCAUGAUGAGAAUGUGGUUGGAAGGAAAAGAAAGUACCGGUAUGCUACAAGCUCUUGAGGAAAAAUUUGGUUUUUCUUACUAUGGUGCUUUGCGCAAGAAAGAUGAUACCAACAUCGUUUUCAAAAAUUUAACAAACGAUAAAGUGAUGCAAAUAAAUAUCAGUUAUCAAAUUGCCAUGGCGGCCACGUGCGAUACAAAAGAAAUGCGAUUAAAGUAUUUAACAAUGGCAUUAGGCAAUGUGCACGAAUUCGAAAAUAGAGCGACGAAAUGUGGAGUAACGAUAAAAGAAGGAUUCUUCACGCAUGUUCUCACGAAAUUGGAUACCAAGAAACCAACGGACGAGGACAGCAUUUAUGCAAAGAGCAAUUAUCCUGUGUCCCAGAGUAUACGUGCUUACUUAUGUAUCGGUCUCCUGAAUUGGUUAACGAAAUAUUUAGAGGAGCUAUCGAUCGAAGAAGAAACGCAGUUUGUGCAGUUGAUGUUAGAUUUGCUAGAAGAUACCAUAAAUGAAACAAGCCUAUCUCAUCAGAUCAAGAUUUCUAAACAUAAUCAACUGGAAGACAAACUUAUGGCUUUUGCGGCGGAAACAAAAGAUGAGAUCCAAAAUGGUGAUUAUAGGAAUAUCGAAGAAGAAGCAGAAAAACUCAAACUUGAUAUAAAUAAAUUCAAUGAAGAACGAGUUUGCAUACCGAAUCCCAACAUCGUCUUUCACAAAGCUUGUUUAAUUGCUGACAGAUUGAAAGAUAGUGACAAGCUUUUACAAUUUUUAGAAGAAUUAAGGAAAGAGGUAAAGAAAUUUGGAAUGGAACAAAGUUUAUCGGAAAACUUGUGAAUAUCUCAUUAAAUAAAAGUUAAGAGUUUUGAGAAAAAUAGAAGUAUAAAGAAAAAUAGCAAAAUAUACUAAGAUUUUUAUAUCGCUGUAAAUGAUAAGCUGUGCAUCAAAAAUUACUUUUAUAUGUUAUCCAUGUAAAUCUUGUAGUUGUAAAGUACAUUAUAAAAAUACAUUUUUUUUUCUACAAAAGUGUGAAAUUUUAUCUCCA